AUGUCCCUCUUGCGAAAUUCUUAUAUGGUCUCUACCAUUUUGCCCGUUGUUACAUUCAUCCAGUAUGAGGUUUUUGAUAGCGAAAGCCCUUUCUCUCGCCGUUGCUUCGACCCCUCGAAGUUCCAACCGCAUGAAGCCAUCACUCGCAAUGUCUGUAUUAUUGGCGGCGGUUCCGCCGGCACAUAUGCAGCGAUUCGUCUUCGACAAAUGAACCAGAGUGUGGUGGUUAUCGAGAAAGAAAACCGUCUGGGGGGACAUGUGAAUACCUACGACGACCCGGUAACCGGAGCCGCUAUCGACUAUGGAGUGCUAUACUACGAGGACCUGCCCUGGGUACGAGACUACUUCAACCACUUCGGUAUCGCACUAGAGAGAGUUUCCGUUCUAGGGCAACAGCUUACUCAACGCCGCGUUGAUCUUCGGACCGGAACUCCCGUCGGCCCAGCGGAAGGCAACAUGCUUCUAGCACUGGCAAGCUACGCGGGCCAAUUGCUCAAGUACCCCGAUCUCAACUCAGGGUUUAAUCUUCCCGAGCCAGUGCCCCCGGACCUGUUGCUCCCAUUCGGCGAGUUCGUAAAGAAGUAUAAGCUGGAGGGCGUGGUCGACAUUAUCGCAACCUUCAACCAAGGCGCAGGCGACAUCCUGCAGCAAUUGACCCUCUACAUGAUGAAAUAUUUUGGCCUGGACGUACUUCAAGGGGCGUUGUCGGGUUUCCUUCAGCCAACCACCCACAACAAUAGCCAGUUGUACGGCGCUGCGCGGAACGAGCUGGGCGAGGACGCAUGGCUAAACAGCACCGUUGUAGCUACGCACCGCCACGAAGACGACGAAUGGGUCUACGUCCUCGCGAAAACACCCGCCGGCCAAAGGCUCGUCCGCGCAAAAAGGCUGAUCAUCGCCAUCCCCCCAAGGCUAGAUAUGCUGCAUGGAAUAGACCUAGAUGAGACAGAGCGCGACCUAUUCGGACAAUUCAGCAACACCUGCUACUACAACGCUCUCGCCCGGAUCCCGGGUAUCCCGGAAAAGAUACAGUUUUUGAACCGUGCCAACGAUACCCUUUACCAACUGCCCCCAAUGCCGGCGGUCUACAUUAUCAGUCAUACACGGUCGCCGAAUCUGACCACUAUUCUGUACGGAAGUAAGGAGCACAUGACGGAAGAGCAGGUUAAGAGUAACAUGACGCGGAGUGUGUUGCAACUGCGGAACGCGGGCAUUCCAGUCCAGGCACCGGAGUUUCUGAGGUAUUCCGAUCACAGCCCAUUCUUGCUGACUGUCCCGGCGGAGGCAAUUCGGAAUGGCUUCUACCGGAAUCUGAAUGACUUGCAGGGUCAUCUAAGUACGUAUUAUAUGUCUGCGACGUUCAAUACGCAUGACUCGGCCCAGAUUUGGAGAUUCGUUGAUGGGCUACUCAGGGCGCACUGGACGCCGUGAUGACUGGGAAGGAGCGGUGAUGUGCGGUGUAGUGUUUCGGAAUAUUAUCGCUG